AUGUUUAUAAAACAAAGAACUAUUUCCCUCACGCUCCUUGCUUCCCUAUUCGCCCUCGCUUCUGUCGAGGCUCACGACUUCCAACCCCUCCAAAGGGACCACAAGCGCUUGAUCAAGAAGCGCACUCCCUUGGACUUGCUCGGCGGACUGGCAAAUGUGGUCCCUGACCCAUCUGCCUCCGCCAACCCGGGUUCAAGCUUGCCAGUCUCCCUCUCCUCGGUACUGCCCUCCGGCUCAUCCGUAAGCGUCUUGCCCUCAGGCAGUGGUCUGAGCAAUUCAGUGAGCCCUAGCGGCUCAGCUUCGUCACUGCCCGUUAGCUCACUCAGUCCAUCCUCUUCUAUCCCCGUCGCCACGAGCAAAACUACCCCUCCACCAGACCCGACCAAGGAACCUGCGGAGAACAGCGUUCCCGUGUCUCGCUCGACAGUUACCAAGACAGCUUCGUCUCUGGUAGCUGCUGUUGCAACGAGCCCACCCACGCAACAGCAAGAGGCUGCUAUACAGAAAAAGAGCACAAUCACCACCAUCCUCAUCGUCAUUGCGGCCUCGGUUGGUGGAGUUGCUAUUCUCUGGACUAUCUUCCGCAAGUGGAAGCUCGGUGCCUCGAAGAAGUUCGAUGCCAGAAUGGAUCCCAUCAAUUGGCAACCUACCAACGACGAUGACAUUGUUCCUGCUCACCGUCUUGCCCGUACCAACUCGCAGGCGUCAUCCAACCAGCCUUCUGCCUAUGGCCACGGCGCUGGAGGCUACCGUGAUCCUGCUCUUGAUCAUGAUUUCACAUCGGUUCCUCCUUCUCAUCUCGCGCCAGUUGGUGGCUAUGCCGAUUUGACCCGUGGACCGAGCCCCCAGCCUCAAAUGCAGGAAAACCUCAACCGUGGCCCAAGCAUCAAUCGUUCUUAUGGCGCUGCUUAUGAUACCGGAGUGCCCCUUCACCAUCAAGCCGGCUAUGGACGUGCGGAAGCGUACGACUACAACGGCGACGCCGUUAGAUUCUAG